UGUUAAUAAAGGUUUAAUAAAAAUGGGCAGCUUUACUCUACUCUUUGGAAGACUUCUCAUGGCAAUCAUCUGGAUUGGAGCAGGAGUUCAAAAGCUUCAAGACCAAGAGAAGUUCACUAAGAUUGCUAGAGUUGGAACUAACAACUUCAACACUUGGAUUUCAAAAGAUUUAGAAUAUGGAGAAUUGCCAUUAAAAGAUUUGUUCAUUGAAAAUAUGAAUCAUAUUAUCUUAUUAAUUGCUGUAUCCCAAAUUGUAUGUGGCAUUUUGCUAGUUGCAGGAAACAAACUAGGAGCUUUUUGCCUAGCAUGUCUAUUGAUCCCAUUUACCUUCAUGAUUCAUAAUCCAUUCUUUAAAAAGUGGAAUGAACAGAGAAAACAUCUUGAAUCGCAUAUGUUUGUUAUGAAUACUUUAAUUUUUGCUGGACUGUUGAUGGUUGUAGGAUGGGAUUCAAGAAAAUCAGAUGCUGCUGCUUUAAGAGAGACUGAGCCAAAAGAUACCAGAAAGCCAAGCAGAGCAAGACAGGGAAAUAGAAACCAGAGACACACUAAAUAA